CAUCCAACAGCUUCCUCUGCUCAGUCUAUUCUUCUGUACCUACCAAAUCUAUAGAAUAACUAUGUUCUCCUAGAGCCAAGGAUAACAGGUACUCGAGCAGCAUCAUCGAACUCUCCGCCCGAGGCUCCCUCCAUGGACCACACACCAGAGAGACCUGUCCGGUCAGAGACCGUCACGUUUGCAGUUGCACCGGACGAAACAAGGAGUCCCCGUCGAAGUAGUCGGAUCAAGAAGAACCCAUCCAUUACUCCAAACCGGUUCACUCGAUUUUUCACGCCACGGCUCCAGAAUGCUAACCGUCCCGUUCGAACCUCAAGGAAAGCCUUGCGAGAACUGUCUUCCGUUAAUCUCAACAGUCGGUUGGGAAGUAAUCAGUCCCUAGGUGCCUCCGUGGGCGAACAUGAACAACCUCCGUCAAAGAAACGAAAGCUCUCAUUCACGUCGAUAUCCUCGAUCCCGUCCUCGCCAAUCAAGGUCAACUGUGGAUUUCCCAGCACCCUGGAGGCGGAAGGGGCUGCGGCAGAAGUCAAGGAUGGCGAUGAAGCCUUUUACUCCGAGACGGAUGACGAGGACGAGGAAGCAUUGCAGCCUAUGCUGCGGUAUCCUCCGAGGAUAGCCCGCUAUCAGUAUUCGAGCAACGCCUCCGGGUUGUUGUCGCGACAACUCGGGAGGAGAAAAGAGAUCCCUUUUGGUAAUGAAAGCAGUCUAUGGCAGCACGAAUCUUCAAAAUUCUACAGUCUGCCGGAAGACCUAUUCACCAGUCCUUCGUUCGAUGUCCAACCUCGAGCACUACCAUUCUGUGUUGCCAGUUUCAACCAUCAACAAUAUGUCGCGAUCGGGAACGAGGAUGGUCUGGUUGAGAUAUACCGAGCCUGGGGACGGUCCCCCGAUCGCCCCGGUAGCCUGCAGCUUCAGUCCUGCAUGUACCCCCACGACAAUGCCAUAAUGGACAUGGAAUUUUCAGAUGAUGAUCGACUUCUUGCAACAGCGUCCGGAGACCAAACCUGUCGAAUAAUUGACGUGGACGCACAAACGUCAACCCAUACAUUGAUUGGCCAUCUGGGUUCCAUAAAGCGGGUUCAGUGGCAGCCAAGUUCGGGGAACCAGGUCCUUGCAACCUGCUCCCGAGACGGCAGUGUCUGUCUGUGGGAUCUCCGGUGUGCGCAACCCGUUGGAACACUGGAUAUCGCACCCCUGCAGCGCGCACCUCACUUGCUUGACAACAGCAGACAAGUCAACACUAAAGUCGAGAUACGGGAUGCGCACACCUCUUGGGACAAGCUCAAACCCGUGAAUGGGAAGCGCCAAGUUGCUAAACUGUCCUCCCGGGUUGACUUUGCGGUCACUACCUGCGCGUUCAUCAGUGACACUCGCCCACAUAUGCUCGCGACCGCCUCAGAGCACAACGCCAUUAUCAAACUAUGGGACAUGCGGGCAUCAUACAAACAACGAACGGGCAGACCCACCCCUGUCUCCGCAACUCUUGAACCAGAGAGCCAUGAGACCCUUCGGCCCUUCGGCGUGACUUCUAUGACCAUGAACACCGACGGCUCCAGGCUGUAUACACUGUGUCGGGACAACACCGUCUAUGCUUACUCAACCGCUCAUCUCGUACUCGGUGGAUGCCCGGAGAUGUCACUGACGCCGAGUCACCCAUUCCGAACUUCUCGCACAGCGGGGCAAGGACUGGGCCCCUUGUACGGUUUCCGCGACCCUUCCCUCCGCCUGGGCUCUUUCUACGACAAGCUCGCCCUCCGCCGCAAGACAAGCGAAAACACCGAACUGCUGGCGGCCGGCUCAGGCGAGGACUGUGCGGUGAUUUUCCCGACUGACGAGCGCUACCUGACCAAAGCCGCUCAGCGCCGUCCUCCAGCUGUCUCUCAUCUGAGUACUUCAUCGCGGUCCACCCGACCUCGCCUGCCACAGCGAACCUCAUCAGCUAACGUGCUCUCCAAUUCCUUACUGGCGGCAGCUUCCUUGCACGACGUCAGCACAGAGGGCCAAUGCCCCAUUUACUACACAGGCACACCCCUCAUCAACGGCCACAGAAAGGAAGUCACCGCGGUCGCAUGGGUGCAUCGGAACGGCCAGUUGGUCACUGUUGCAGACGACUACACGGCCCGAUGCUGGUACGAGGAUGAUUCGGACAAGGCGAGGGCGUUGAGGAUGAACACGGAGCGCGACGGGAGGAGAAGUCAGAGUGGAUGGGCGACCGUUCGACAGGGCUUUGAUGACGACGAGGACGAGGGCUGACCACAUAGGUCCACCGAGACGGAACGGACUGAUGAGGGCCUUGUCAGGGAAUGGAGAUCGCGCGAAAAAGUCGAUGUGAGAAGUACAAGGGGAUCGUCAUUGAUCUGUGCUCCGAGUCUGAAUUCAACUGGCGGUUUCCUCGGGCAUGGACAUGGACAUGGGCGUUGGCAUGAGCACAAGCAUUAGCGCGGCUCUCUUUGGGAAGGGGAAUAAAAGCUCUGGGGAUAGAUAGUCCUUUUUCUUUGGAAAAUCCGCUGUCAGGCUCUCACUACUGACACACACACUCAAUCAAUCCGUGAAGCAGCCACUCACUCAAUCGAUCGCACACAAGCGAGUUCCCUCCGCCUCAGGCAUACACUCCGCGGUGACAAGAGAUCAUGCGUUUCUCUUGAGCGUCGAACAGGAUGUACGUGAACAGUCAGACAAACAGAUAGGGUCAACUCCCAUCCAGUCGAUUCAAAUAACUCGAGCACUCUCACUCUGAUCAUCUGGUCC